AUGGCCACCACAGGAUAUGACUUGAGGAUCAGAUACAUCCCAUCAGACUUUAUGGAAAAAUUCCAAGAUGACAGAACCACUAUGCUCUACUUUUACCAGCAGGUACGAAGUGAUUAUAUGCAGCAGUAUGCCUCAAAAGUAAGCGAUGGAAUGGCUCUACAGCUUGGCUGUCUGGAAAUCAGGAGGUUCUGCAAAGACAUGAAUCCAAACGGAUUGGAGAAAAAGUCAAACUUUGAAUUUCUGGAGAAGGAGAUAGGACUCGACCUCUUCUUCCCCAAAGAGCUCAUUGACAGCAUGAAGCCCAAGCAGCUGCGUCGCAUGAUCCAGCAGACAUUUCAGGGCUACUCGGCUCUGAAUCAGGACCAGUGCAUGGCGAAGUUCUUCACCACUCUGUCUCAGUGCUGGUGCUUCACGCAGGAAAGCUUCGCCUGCCAACUAGUGCAAGGCUGGAGCUUAACAAUAGACUUAGUUAUUGACCCUGAUGGGAUUAGUCAGCACACUGAGAACUCAACGCCCAUCUGUUUGGCCAAGUUCUCUCAGGUCCGCAGCAUCUCCUGUACUGCAGAGAGUGAUGGGCGAGCUCUGCUCAAAGCGCACAUUGAGGGAGCCAAACAGCCGCUGUCAGUGAACACCUCCUCCCUGGCAGUAGCAGAAAACCUGGCUGACCUGAUUGAUGGCUACUGCCGACUGGAAGGCGCUGAACGUUCACUUAUUGUCAGCCCCAACAAAGGGAGAGAUACGCGAAUGAAACUUCCUGACAUCCCAAAAUGUGCUGGUUCCAGUGCUCACAGUAAAGGUUUCAAUUCUGAUAUUUAUGCUGAAAUCCCUGAAGACGGAGCUGACAUUAGUGAAAGGCGCAAGAUCUCCAAGGAGGAUUUCGUUGUGGGACGGAUCCUGGGCGAGGGAUUCUUUGGAGAGGUUCACGAUGGAGUUUAUAAAAGCCCAACAGGGGAGAGGAUCCGAGUGGCCAUCAAAACAUGUAAGGACUGUUCGGCUGAUGUAAAGGAAAAGUUUCUCAGUGAAGCCGACUUGAUGAAAAAUCUGGAUCACCCCCACAUCGUGCGUCUGAUUGGAGUCAUUGAGGCCGAUCCUGUCUGGAUUGUCAUGGAGCUCUAUGAACACGGAGAGUUGGGGAACUACCUCAUAGAGAACCAGUACAGCCUGAGCACAGCGACGCUUGUCCUCUACUGUCUACAGAUAUGUAAAGCUCUGGCUUACCUAGAAGGUCUCAACAUGGUGCACAGAGACAUAGCGGUGAGAAACAUCUUGGUGGCGUCUCCAGAAUGCGUCAAACUUGGUGACUUCGGCCUCUCUCGCUACGUAGACGACCAAGAGUAUUAUAAAGCUUCAGUGAGUCGUUUACCAAUCAAAUGGAUGGCGCCAGAAUCCAUCAACUUUAGACGUUUCACCACAGCCAGUGAUGUCUGGAUGUUCGCUGUUUGUGUGUGGGAGAUCUUCUCAAUGGCCCAGCAGCCGUUUUUCUGGUUGGAGAACGGGCAGGUGAUCACCCAGCUGGAAGCGGGCGUUCGACUCCACAAACCGCAGCUCUGCCCGCCCAUCAUCUACUCGCUGCUUACCCGCUGCUGGGCCUAUGAGCCCAGUGGCCGUCCCAGCUUUGGCCAGCUUGCCUGCUCCCUCAGUGACGUCCACAGAAUGGAGGUGGAGCUGGAGAAAGAUGAGAGGCGAAACAAACCACGGUCCAACUCGAUAGCAUUUGAUCCCAACCACACGGAGCCUCCACCAAAGCCUUCCAGAUCAGCAGGCAGCACCCUUCCCCAAGGCUCACACAUACAGGUACCUCCAAAGGAUAGCAUCCCAGCAUGGGAGAAAGAGAGAGUGGAAGAAACUUUGGAAAGACAAAGAAGAGAAAUGAUGAUGGACAAAAAGUGGCUGGAGCAGGAAGAGAGACAACUGGGUCCUGUUGUGGGACGGGAUACACAGAUCGAGCUUCCUCACAAUAGCUCAAAAAACGGUCCUCCACAGAAACCUCCAAUGCCAGCUGCACAGCCUCGUCCCACAGCUGAGCUGGACCGAUCAGGUGAUCAGGUUUACACCAGCGUCAUGACGAUGGUGAAACAGGUGGUCCAGCUGAAGAAUGAUGUCAACACACUGCCGGCUUCUGAGUAUCCCAAUGCUGUCAAGGCAGUGGGUAUCUCUCUCCGGACCCUGAUUCAAAGUGUUGAUGAGAUCCUGCCCUCUCUGCACUCCUCUGUCACCUCAGAGAUUGAGGGCACGAAGAAACUGCUGAACAAGGAUUUGGCAGAGCUGAUCAAUAAGAUGCGACUGGCCCAGCAGAACUCCAUAACAUCACUAAAGGAGGAGUGCCAGAAGCAGAUGUUAGCUGCUGCUCACACUCUUGCUCUUGACUCCAAAAACCUCCUGGAUGCUGUGGACCAGGCUCGAGUCAGGGCCAACCUUGCCAAGCCUAAACGUGACUCAGAAGAUGAAGAAGAUUCUAGGGAAGACACAUAGGUUCCCUGCUGAUCAAACGAACUUGAAAUUUGGCUUUAGUUAUGAAAGGAUCAGUUCUUUUCUUGAGGACAUGUGGAGGCUAUUAUGGUGCAGCUCUGUCCCGAGGGGACAGGGGUGUAUCAGCUAAUGAAAGAUGUCAUACUGUAUUUGUAUAUGCGCUUAAACAACUGAACUGAAACGCUGAAUGUAUUAAUAAUAUUUGUAGUGUUUAUUCUAUAUUUUUACUAUUAAAAAUUA